AUUCCUAUUGUGAUAGCUAGCUAGCUAGCUAAAUGUUAGCUGUGUGUCGUUGUGGAUUAGUUAGCUCUACCUAGGCUGUAACUAGUUGUGUAGUUAGCUCGUUUGGGAGCCACUGUUAGAUAGACAUCUAAAACUUAGCUGAAGUGAAAACGAAAGUACUCGUUUGGGCGACCAUUACUUUUGCGUAAAAUGUUUGCGUUUCAACCGACAUUUACUGAAUUACCUUAUGCUUUUGUUGAUCAAUGUUAGCUCUGGUAUCAUGCGAUCAGAACAUUUUAAGCCAAGUAACCGGCGGUGCCAACACUUUAAUCUAUCUGUUUUCCAUUCUUCUUCAUUUCUACUUUUUCCCCUCUUCAUGCAAUCUGCUUCUCCUUACUUUUCUAUCAACUAGGGGGCAUCUGAUCUGACAGACCUGUCCUGACCCCCCCUGACCCCUGCCCUGACCCCAGCCAUGGCAAUUCUGUUUGCGGUGGUGGCCCGUGGCACCACCAUACUUGCCAAACAUGCCUGGUGCGGCGGAAACUUCCUGGAAGUUACUGAACAGAUCCUGGCCAAGAUACCUUCGGAGAACAACAAACUCACCUACAGUCACGGACUUUGAGAGGUCUCGUGCGUUCAGCUUCCUGAGUGAGGUGAAGAAACGCUUCCAGACAACGUAUGGGUCACGAGCACAGACUGCGCUGCCUUACGCCAUGAACAGCGAGUUCUCGUCCACUCUGGCCGCUCAGAUGAAGCACCACUCAGACUCUAGAGGUUCUGACCGUGUGACUGAGACUCAAAUGCAGGUGGACGACCUGAAAGGCAUUAUGGUCCGCAACAUUGACCUUGUAGCUCAGAGGGGAGAGAAGCUGGAGUUGCUAAUUGACAAGACAGAAAAUCUGGUGGAUUCGUCGGUUACCUUCAAGACUACUAGUCGCAACUUGGCAAGAGCCAUGUGUAUGAAAAACCUCAAGCUGACUGUCAUUGUAGUACUAGUGUGCCUGGUGCUCCUCUACAUCAUAGUCUCUGCUGCCUGUGGGGGUCUCAGUUGGCCCAGCUGUGUGAAGAAAUGAGAGACCAAGAGGAAGAGAUAGAAAGAGGGAAAUGGAAACGAGGAAGAGAGGCAGAAGCCCCCAUUUGAACUCUCCAGCGCUCCCCACUCCGGCAGUGGACUCAAAGGGAAACAUACCACUCUCCUCCUCUCUGCUGUCCUCUUCCAGCCUCCACACCCCAGGAACGUCCAUCUUUGUCUUCCUCCUCCUGCCUCCCCCUGUCCAAUCUUUCUCCUGCUCCUCACCAAGGAGGCCAGUGGUUAUGCCAUGACUCUCUCCACCUGAGGAGGGCUCCCCACUCCCCAUACCUUAAAGACUGCAGCUAUCUGAUCUGUGUGCAACACCCAUCUUCUCUGGUACUGUUCUGGUGUUGGUCUGGUUCACCCACCUGGACCCAUGAUUUAUUGUACACCAGAUCUGAUUUGUAACUUGUCUGACACAUUAACCCUCAGAGACAAAAUUACCAUUGCUUUAUAGCAUAAUGAGCCAUUCAACUAUAACAAAUACUGUAUGAACAAUGGGAUAGUCAGGCUUUUACUUUUGAUUAGAGGGCAGGUUCUGUCAGACUGUAGAGGCUGGGGUACAUGUCACGGUUUAGAAACGUGUGAGUAUCUACGAUAGACAUAAUGCUGUAGAUACGACAGAGUGAUGUGGUGUCAUUUCCGGUCCAUGUAAAGGUCAAGACCCUGCAGUCUGACAGUUACAAUAGCGUGUUCUCCUAAUUUAACCACUUUAGAUGGCCUAUGUAGUAUCUACCUACUACAGUAGGUUUCCUUCAGCUGCAUGGCUCUGCCACUAACCCUACUGGUCAGUGUGUCAAAUGUUUCUAAUGGAAUUGCAACCAGAUGUCUCCCCAGUUUUUCCUGAAACAGCUUCUGUGAUGUCCUGUCUGUUUUGUCAUGGUCAAGGCACAGUUACAGAUGUCUAUAUCUCUCUAUCAUUAUAAUAUGAAAAAGGUUUAUUGCACAAAAGAAUAAGAUGACAGUUACUAACUUAAAAAAUUUAAAUAGACUGAGUGGUUCUAAUCUCAGUAAGCCAAACCUUAGCUUCUCUCCUGCACUCGAAUUGGGUGCUCAACAUGUCCAUCUGUCUUUUUUCAACAAUGCACUUUUGACAUUGUAUGUUUGCUUCCUGCCAUCAUAUGGUUUAUUAUCAUGUAAUUAUUAAAUUAUUGUACAUCCAGAUUUGAAAUAAUAAAAUAUUAGAGUAUC